AUAUUUAAUGUAAAAAAAGAAAUACCAAGCAAGUAAGUAUAUUCAGUGAUGUUUUAUGGGUUUUAUGGGAAGUCGCCCAUUGGGCAUUGAAACAUAUUUGAUCACCAUUAGUUUGACUAUAAAUGUGCAUUGAACAUCGUUCAUUGAACUAACCUUACUAUAUAUACGAAAUAAUUGUCACGGCUGUCAAAAAACCUGAAAUAAAGUUACUCAUGCAACAUUUCCCAACUUCAUUAUGACGUUUGCAUGUAGAUAUCUGGAAGUGAAAAUAUUACUUCGAAAAACAACUAUGCUGAACUUGAUUUUUCUUUUGGUUCCUCUCAAUUCAGCAAUAAUAUUCAAUGAGUCACAAAUGAGUCAGUCAGUAGAUUGGGAAAUUUCAACAUCAGUGGAACAAAAAACUAAACUAGAAAAAUAUUCUAGAUGUGGAAGUGACUUGAAUAUAUUGGAUUGUGACUCGCCAAAACAGUUUUCAAUAAGCGAAGUGAAUGAAAUCCAAUCGCAAUAUAAAACUGGGAAUAAAUGUAUCACCACGAGAUUAUCCUCAAAUUGGAUUCUUAUUUACGAAAACGGAACAGUACAAAACCUACAACAUUUUCAGAAUGAAGAAACGUUAGUCAUUGAACCUUUUUCUCUUGGAAAAGGAAGUUAUCAGGCGCUUUUGUAUGUUGAAGAAUAUAAUGAAAACGGCAUUAAAGAUUUCCUUUCCAAACAGUGUUUUUUCGAGAUUAGACCAGAACAAUCAAUACCAGUAAAAGAAGAUGGUGAAAAAGUUUCCAUGAAUACUGACGAAGAGUUUAUACUCGAUAGCAGAGACUCGAUUGAUCCAAAUGUUCCCCCUAACCAUACUGAAACUUCACACUACGAAUGGAGAUGUAAGACUUCAAGAAGGAACCGGCCUGACUCAUGCAGACAGAACCUUGGCAGUGGUGCCACUUCAACCAUUCCAGACGAGUAUGCUGUUGAGGGAUUGAUAUAUAACUUUAGAUUAUCUGUUGGAAACAAAAACUCAGCCCGGCGGAAAACAAGCCAAAUUGUUGAACCGAGAGGAAGAGGAGGGAUGCUUUUCAAUAUGCAUUUCUUGGAAAACUGCAGACCAAUAUGUGACGUAGAGAAAAAAAUAGUUUUCGAGGCCAUGUGUGAAGCUAAUUGCGAACGAAUGAACGAAAAUGCAACAUUCUUCUGGACAGUUGAUAUUCUGGACUUUGAUUAUAAGACAAACACUUCUGGAAGAGAAGGCAAACAAUUCACCAUCAAGGCGGAUGUGUUAGAACCAGAUAAAAAGUAUAAAGUCGGAUACAAACUGAAAGGAGAUCCAUCAGAUGGGGUCUUUGUAGAUCUACUAACCCACAAAGGUCCAAAAUUGAGAUAUUGUCAGUUGAAUCCCGACAUUGGCACAGCCUUGGUAACUGAUUUCCAUGUUAUCUGCGGUCAGGAACCAGGGAGUUACACGUACAAAAUUUAUCUUGUAUCUGAUGACGUAGAAUUUCUACUCACCACAGGAACUUCACUAUAUGAUAUGCCCUUUCACUUGAACGAAAAUUCAGAUAUCAGAAUCGAAAUAAUUGACGAGUAUCACUUCACAGAUUCAGUAACAGUAUUCGCAGAGGUGAUAAAAUUACCUGGCCAAUCACAACCGGAUGGAAAACCAAAUACAGAGUAUAUAGAAGGAAAAUAUUUCAAUGCAGCCCAGAAUUUGUCCGUAUUCAACCUUCUUUCAUCUAAUAGAAUACAUCAACUUUUGCAAACCCUUAAUAUGUUGACUGACGAAUUGCCCAAUUUGCCAAAUGUUACCCUAAAUGUUCUAAAAGAGUAUCAUCUAAAAACUUUGGAUAUAUUGAGGAAAUUGCCGUUGGAUAAUAAAGAAGUGGCAAAACAAGUGGCUGCCGUUACAAGUAAAAUAGCAAAACAAUAUGAAUCAAAGUCCGAUCCUUGGACUUCCGAAGCAAUCACAGAUGUGUGCCAGUUCGGAUCCAACAAAUAUCUAGGACACGUGAAAGAUGAGAAAUAUGUCGGCAUGAUAGCUGAUGACAUUGAAAAGGCAGUACGGAUGUUCUCUGGAUGUUCUCGAGCACUUGAGGGUGAAAAUCCUGAAAUUCUUCAAGUACAAGGCACUUUCGUAGAGACUACUACUCCUUUCGUUUUGGUCGAUUUUCCGGUGAUUACAGAAGAUUAUCCUGAUUACGUCGAUGAUCAAAAUAUCUCGAAAAUGUUGACGAAGUACGACACUGCCUGCAGAAACAUAGUCAAUCAGUGCUACGUGAACGCAAGGACAUUGGCGUUGUCGAUGGUUAACAGAGAAGACACAAAGGUUAUUGCCAACGGCAAUUUUGAAAUCGCAGCAACAAGAGAAAUGGGACUCGAUAUUCCUUAUGUACUUAUAUCGUCUCAAGGUGUGGAAUUGUUAGCUUCGGAAGAUUUCGUUGAAUACGAAAAAAAAGAUGUCGAUGUUUUGUUAUGUACAGUGUCCAAAAACCUGUUUUGGUGGUCACAAAAGGAGAAAAUCCCAACCGCACUAGCGAUGUUACUUUUCUCCGUCGAGGAAGAGGUCAUAACGAAAUUCGUAAAACCAUUUUUGAUAUCAUUCAAAAACAUUGAGAAUAAAACCGCUGCGACUGUAUUACACACAAGCAGAACGCCCAGUCAAACAAAUUCUACUUUGCCUCUGGAUAUUUAUGCUUUUGAACGGAUUACAAUGUUUCGGAUAGAUGUCUUCAGAAAACAAGGAUACAUCAUUGAGUUUGAAGAAUUGGCAUUGAAUGAGAGCCUCAAUGUUUAUGUUUCAGAUUUCGUGAAACCCACUCCGAAGGAAUUCAGAGAUAAAGCCAAAUUGGUUACCCACAACCAUAACACGCUUUACAUUCCGCAUGAACUCGACUAUGAUGGUUGGCAUUAUCUAUGCGUUUUACCCGGGAUAUCAGAUCAACAGGAUCAGGAAUUCAAGUUCCGAGUGUACACCAUGUCCUGCUACCAUUGGGAACCGUCAAUAAGGAAUUGGGAAUUCUCCUGCGGGUCAGACUCAAGUACAACUUUUGAGCGUUUCGAUUGUCUCUGUUACCACUCUUCAGUUUUGUCUGGCAAGAUAAAGAAUAAUGAUCUCAGAGAGGAAAAAUCAACUUACACAAUGCAUGAACUUGAGCUGGAGACAAACUUCAUCAUAUUCAUUUCCGUAGCGGUAGCUUUUUCCCUUUAUUGUGUUCUGCUGAUCUACAUCACACUGUCUUCAAGGAAGAUCUCUGAAAAAAGCAUUUACUUCUUGAGUGAUAUUCCUAGUUCUCAUCGAUUUGGAUACCUCCUCAUUGUGAAAACUGGGAAUAAAUCUGGAGCUGGAACGACAUCAAAUAUAGUAAUAAAAUUGUAUGGAAAAAAUUCGGAGAGUAAGGAGCACGUUUUGAACUUUCCCGAUCCAGAGAAAAGAAUCCUGCAACAUAAUCAGGGAGAUUGGUUUUUUCUAGCAACGAAACUCCAUUUGGGGGAGAUUGAAAAACUGGAAAUUUGGUUCGAUUCUUUAGGUUUACGGCCCUCAUGGUAUUGCUCUGAGAUAGAAGUUGUUGACCUACAAAUGAACAAAUAUUGGUGGUUCAACAUCAACUAUCGAUUUGAAAUAGGCGAUAAAGAAAAUCAUUUUCUCACUGCUGUACCAGAAAGUCCACCAUAUGUAAAGAAAAAACGAAGAAUUUCAUUUAGGAAAUUCUCACUUCACGGAUGCCACAUGUGGAAUAUAUUUCACGACGAUGAAGUUACUAUUUCAAGAACCAAGAGACUCACAAUCAUGCUGUCAAUCUUCAUGACCACAUACACUAUAAUUUUGUUUUUAUACGGCUGUCCAAAAUUGCAGAAUAGCGACAGUGUAGGCCAGUAUUCGGAGUACGGCUUUCACAUGCACCUAUUAUGGACUACAUUGGGUGGUUUUGCUAUAACGUUUCUCAUACAUAUGCCCAUUGUAUAUUUUUUCAGAUUUUAUCAAGAAGAAAAAAGCGGUGAGAAAGUUGGACUACUUGGAAAAUAUUCAUUCCAGAUAAAUCUAUUUUGUUGGGGUUUGGUGAUUUUCCUCGUUAUUGCUUGUAUGACGACAUUACUCAUUUUAGGAUACUGGGUGCCACAUGUAACUGCUUUAUUGUGGUUGACGUCGACUGUGGUCAGUCUCCUCAUUUACAUUUUUUUACUGGAAAAUUUAGUCACGAUUGUUUAUAAUUUCAUCCUUAGGAGAACAAAAAGAUUGGUUCACAUUUUACGUCGAAUAAAACCGAUAAUGGCUUCCAUAGAAGCUCAAAGGGCAUAUAUUUAUAGAAAAUUCAGCGAAAACUCGUUAAGAUCCUACUACAGACACUUAUACAAACCACUAGAUCCUGCCCGAAUCAAAGAACAGAAACAUUGGGCUCAUAUCAAGGAAAGCACCUUCGAAAUUGUGGAAGAUCUCAUCAUGAUAACUAUAUACGUUCUGCUGUUAUACACGGUAAUUUUGAAGGAUAAAGAUCCGAUGACCUUUUUGAGCAAUCGAGAAGCGCAUGAUCUGAUUAUUGGAAUACAUUCCAGGACGAUACCGAAAGGACAUGCACUUUUUGAUCGAAAAGAAAUUCAGGAAUAUAUCACAAAUACAUUGGUUUUCUCCAUGCAAUCUCCUCAAUGGUACGGCAAAUACGUAAUCAAAGAUCCUGGUAUGACCAUUGAUAACAACAAUAAAUAUAUUGGCAUAGCUCGUCUUCGACAGCUCAGAUCAACUAAUGUCAGUUGUGUGGUAGUUUCACCUAUGGAAUUUGUAACUCAAGAAUGCAUUCACGAGUUUUCCGAAGGCCCUGAGUACGAAGAUUUCAGCGAAACGUGGGGGCAUGACGAAAAUUCUGAUGAGUUUUCAAGAAUGGACCAGGUGUGGAACUACAAUGCUUAUACAGUAACUGGCAGCUUCAGUUAUGUUGGAAAAUUCGCUACUUAUCCCGGUGGCGGCUACGUUGCCACUUUAGGCCGAACUAUGAAGAAUUCCCUGACCAACCUUAACUAUAUUUUUCGCAACAAAUGGAUCGACAGAUUCACUAGAUGUCUUUUCAUAGAAUUCCUCUUGUACAAUUCCAAUAGUAAUCUUUUCCAGUCGAUUGUGAUUAAAUUCGAAAUAAGCACCAGUGGACUCAUCAGAACGAAAUUCAAUGUGAAUUCUGCACGUCUGCUGUUUGUCAAAGAAAAAACCGGAUUGUUAUUAACAAUUCUAUUAUUCUGCUUCGUUCUCAUGAUAAUCAUUUUAUCAGUAAAGCUAGUUCUCAAAUUAGUACGAAAGAAGAAGAAAAUCGUAUUCAAAGAUCUGUGGCACAUAGUGGAUAUAAUCAUAAUAAUGAUCAGCAUGGCGUGCCUGUUUCUGUAUAUGGAAAGAACUAUAUUGGUGAAACGUUUCCUCGAAAGAAUAGAGAAGGCCAAGCAUAACGAGUUUGUCAACUACUUCCACCUCUUCUUUGCAGAAACAGCUCUCACUUCCCUAGCAGCUUUUCUAGUGUUCAUAGCCACCUUGAGGCUGUGGAAGCUGUUGAAGUUCUUACUGAUCAUAAAGAUCGCCGAGAAAACUCUAACAUCAUCCCUGGGACCUAUUGCUUCUAUAUUUCUUUACCACAUGCUAACCAUUUUCAUUUUCACCCUCGUUGGUAUGGUAUUUUUCGGGGAUCAGUCUAACGAUUUCAAAGACCUACUGGAUUCCGCAGUUACUCUCCUUCUCAUGUCGUUGUCUUUCCAUCAAGAUUUCGAUUUCUCAUCGCUGAAAACUCCCUUGCACCAAUCUUACUACAGCUUCUACAUGCUAAUUUCGUUAUUUUUCCUCACGUUGUAUGUAGCUAUUAUCACGAUUUCUUAUGCAGAGGCGCAAGUAUUUUAUUCUAAAGGACAAGGAUAUGACGUUUUUGAUUAUUUGAAGGAACAGUACCAGUACUAUAAAGAGGUUGCUGGGGUCAAGCUGAGGAACUCGAGAAUUCGUGGGGGUGAAGAGGAUGGUUCUGAGGUUCGGAAAUGGGUGUUCCCAAAAGCUGACGUUCACAGAUAUGCAAAUUGUCUGACGCUGCCUAAAAAUAAAACCAACGCCAUGGUAUACGUCACCCUUGCAAUCCUGAGAAGCAUGAAGAGGAACCAAAAGCUGACUGCAGAUGAUGAGAACUUAAUCAAAUUGAUGAUUGUAAAUUUAUUUAGGGAAGAUUCAGAGGAGAACGAUUUCUUUUUCAUAAGCCAUGCCAAGCCUGGGAAAGCAACACUAGUGGAUGAUUUGGUGUUUCUGAAGAUGGAAAAAGUGUUAACGGUUCUCUUCUCCAACAGAGGUAAACAUAAGGAGCAACUUUAUGAUAAACUACUGGAGAACACUGAAAAAAAAUUAGAAAAAAUGUCAUAUAAUUUAUCAGUUUUAAUGAAUUCACUUGAUAGAAUUGAUUUUAGAGUUGAGGAUUAAAGUAGUUUGGUUGCAAA